GCUCAGCGGCAGAGCGGAGCGGAGCUGCGAGGCGCCAGCGCGGAGCGGCGGGCGGGCAGGUGCCGCGAGGCGGAGCGCGGGCGGCCGGGGAAGCUCGAAGGGCGGACCGCGGCGGCGAGCGAUCGGCCCCGGGCUGCGGGAGCCGGAGACCGCGGCGGCGGCGGCGGCUGCUGCAGGAGGAGCCCAGGGGACACCGCCCCUGCCCGCGCUCUGCCGCAGGCCAUCGCUGCUCCCCAGGGGCCCGUGCGGACUCGCCUCCGUGAAGUGUCACGAUGUCUGACCGGAAGGCAGUGAUCAAGAAUGCAGACAUGUCUGAGGACAUGCAACAGGAUGCCGUUGACUGCGCCACGCAGGCCAUGGAGAAGUACAACAUAGAGAAGGACAUUGCUGCCUAUAUCAAGAAGGAAUUUGACAAGAAAUAUAACCCUACCUGGCAUUGUAUCGUGGGCCGAAAUUUUGGCAGCUACGUCACACAUGAGACAAAGCACUUCAUCUAUUUUUACUUGGGUCAAGUUGCAAUCCUCCUCUUCAAGUCAGGCUAGGUGGCUGUGGUGGAGGUGUCAGUGGCGGCGGCAGCGAUGGCAAGCAGGCAGCGUUGCUGGGACUGUUUUGCACUGGGGCUAGCAUCAGGAUGUCCUCUCCAAUGGCUGUGCUACUGCAUGGACUGUAUACUCGAUUUCAUGUGUAUGUCGCAGUAAACAAAACCAAACUUCUUUCUGUUUAGUUGCCUGGGGAAGAAGGCUGCUUUAUGUUUAUUUUUCAAGACUUUAAAAAAAAUUUGGUUGUAUUGCACUAGGAAAUCUCUCCCACCUCUCCCUUUUCUCUUUCUCUCCCUAUACAAAAUAAAAAGCCCUCAACAAAGCCCGAAAGACUAGAAGGGCUGAGGAAAAGAAAUAGGUCUCUGGAGGUGGAACUAAAACUGUAGCUGCCUCUUCCUGGUGGUGGAUGCUGCUUUGGGAGGGCCAGGGAGUCUGCAGGGGGACAGUGUUAGGAUUGGCAAGGAGAGAGGGAUAGGAAGGAGGGUGGAGGGAUUGAUCUAGUACCAGGGAGAAUAUUCCACUGAACUGUGAUUCUACUUGGGGCAGACGGUGGGGUGGGGGUGCAUUCUUUAAGGGGCCCUGAGAUGUGUUUGUCUGUGGUGUGUGGGAGUGGGGAGCAGACUUGUCUUGCUGUCUUUGUCAGAAUUUCUAAGUAAGGGCUUUGUCUUUGUGGAUUACCUUCUUUUAUUCUUCCUGCCAGAGAUCAUGCUAGGAGGAUGUUGAGGGUAGGAUUAGCUUGAUUUUUUUCUUUACAUUCUUUCUUCUCCCUCUGUCUGCUCCCUGCUUAGCCCUCGGUUUUCUCAUUCCUCUGGAGUUCUCUUAGAGCAGCCCCUGUUGUGAGUUGGCUGGCAAGGGAAUUUCUGGUGACUGUAGUUCCUUAGUUAGGUCUUAGCAAUCAAACCAAAUCAAUGUCUCCCUCAGUUCUCCUCUGUGUGUGUAUAUGUGUGUGUGUGUUUGGGGUAGAGGGGAGGGGGAGGGGGCAGGACAGUGUGGAAUCUCUAGGGUGUAUGGUAGGUAGGGGGCACAGUUAGUUCUAAGUGGGCCUUUAUGUUAAAAGCCUCUGGGGGUUCUCUUGGGGGUGAAGGCAGGUGUCACUCCAACCCACCCCCAGUCAUCUAGCCCAGACACUGCUUGCUCUGUGGUCGUCUGCUCCCUGGGAAGGCUUUAGGAGGCCCAUCCAGGACAAGAUGGCCAUUUGCUCUGGAGCUGAGUCUCAGCAGAGAGGGACAGUGACUGUGGAUGGUGGCAGCCUCUGGUGGGAGGUGAGGAUGGAAGUGAUAAAAGGCUGAGAGAGGCUUCAGGGGAGCUUUGGAGGUUAGUCUUGUAGUGAUGAAGCCAGAUAGCAGAUGGAGCAGGGCCGUGAGUGGGAGGAGAUUCCAAGGAGGGUGCAGGGGAAACCUUGUGUGUUGAUGGAAUGAGGUGGGGUUUGAGGUGGUCACUGCUGAUUGAGCUGCUGAUUCUCAUGAAUCACCUUCUAAACUCUCAUGUGUAGGGUUAACAUUGUGGGGGGUGGGGGAUCCAGCUCAUUCUUUUAUUUUCAAGUCCAUUCUUGGGGCUGGUGGGGAGGCAGGAGAAUGCCUCUUCCCCAAACCCUUAGUGUGUGCCGAGCUUGCUUUCUGAUGCUGGCAGGGGAGGGUGGGAACUGGGGUGGUGAUUGAGUUCCUUAUAUCAAACCCUUCGGUGGGCACAAGAUUGCUUGAUUUAGGUUUUAUUUUUUUAUGAAUGUCCAAAUCUGUGUUUCCCCUGCCCUCCCAGACUUGUGUGGCCAGUUGGAAGUGUCUGAUUUGUGUUCAUCUCUCCCUCAUUUCUGGAGCAGGGGCUGAGACCCUGCCACAUCUCCUAUGCUCUGCAUCCAUGCCUCUUUUGGACAUUAAAGGUCGAUUGAUGCA